UCAGAAUGCCGAGGACGCAGGCGCAAGAGAGGUCAAGAUCCUGCACGAUAACAGAAGAAUUAAUCACACGUCGAACGAAAACGCAAAUGAAGGAAGCGAAGCCAACUCUGUAUAUACGAAAUUCUUCAAGGGUCCAUCACUCUGUGUGUAUAAUGAUGCAGUUUUCACUGAGAACGACUGGGAAGGUAUACAGAUGAUAUAUAGCAGCGUGAAAGAAGAAGAUCCGCUCAAAGUUGGAAGGUUUGGACUCGGAUUCAAGUCGGUUUUCCACAUUACAGACUUCCCUUGCGUCAUCAGUGGCGACAGAGUACUCUUGAUUGACCCUCAACAACCUACAGAAAAGGUAAAUGCUACAAUAGACCUGUGCGCUCUAGAAGAAUAUAGUGAAGAAGGGCUAGAUGCGGAAGCGUUUUGGAAUGCCUUAGAGAACACAUUUGGCCUGUGUAGAAGUACGUUAGGAGAAGAUGGUUUUCGGGGAACACUGUUUUGGUUCCCUCUUCGUGAAAAAAAGUCCAAUCUAUCAGAAACACUGUAUAAUGAGACAAAGGUAAACAACUUAUUUAACUCCUUUAAACUGGAAGCCGCAAAUAUUUUGCUUUUUCUGAAGAAUAUCGAACAAAUAUCAUUGCAUUUCCGAGACACCGAUACACCAAUAAAAGACAUACUUAAAACAGAAAUUGAAGACAGAGAUGGUACAGUGAGACAAACCCGAAGUGCGUUUAAAGAACUUAUAGAGGACGUGAUUUCAACCCCUGAAAGCGCUGAUAUACAUUUAACUUUGCAAAUGGUUAUACAUACGUCAUCCGAAGACACAGUUAAAAGUCAAGAAUGGCUGGUUGUUAACUACUUUAUAAGAGAAAGUGCAUCGGAAGGCUUUAGACAUUUGAUACAAGACAGAAACCUAGGAUACAGCCCUUAUGUCGGAGUGGCGGCCUUGCUGAAUGAAAUGGCAGAAGAAUUUGAGGGGCAUGUGUUCUGUUUUCUGCCGUUGCCGAGAGAAGGUGAAAGGUUGACAGGGUUACCAGUGCACGUGAAUGGGUUCUUCGCCCUCAGCCAGAAUAGACACCAUAUGAAAUGGUAUACUGAAGAACAGGAAGGACAGCACAUAGAUGACAAGUCUGUUUUGUGGAACAAAGCUCUAAUUGAAGAAGCCAUCCCAAAAGCAUAUGAACUGUUAGUAUUAGAAGCUAUCAAAAUUGCAGAGAAGAAUUCAAACAAAGAAGCUUUUGUAACAGCGACUUACAAUGCGAUGCCAGUAUGCCAAAACUCGACAAGAAAAACGCACAAGAGAUGGAUGAUGCUCGAAAAGAAGCUUUAUGAAAAAAUUGAAAAAAGAAACAUAGUUUAUGCGCCGCAAACAAACGAGUGGAUUGCAUUAAACAAAGCAAUCUUUUCAACGUUUAGGACAUUGGCCGGGAAUGAAGUUGAUACUUCAAUGCAGGAGGCCAUCACUAAAUGCUUGCGUAAAAUUUGCCUGAAAUUCGCAAAAGUGCCAGACUCAUUGUUUGACACAAUGCAGAUGCAUUUUCCAUACUUGAAAGACCUAACUCCUUCAUCCUUAGUGAUUCAUUUACAUGAACGAAGCCAGUACAGAGAAAUGAGCUGUGAAGACAAAAUACAAAUUUUGACCUAUUUGCUACUAGGGGAAGGCAAUUUAGCGAAUAUUAGAAACCUAGAGCUUUUACCUUUGGCCUCUAACCGUUGGACUGUAUUCAAUAAAACAAGUGAUCCCGUGUACCUGUGUACAGAUGAAGCUGCGAAGAUGUUUCCUGGCUUGGAGGACAAACUUGUGAUGGAAUCAAGAAAGCUUGGAGCGCCACUGUCGAACAGCAUUGAAAUUAUUUGCAAAUCAGAAACAUACCAGAUACAGAGAUUGGAUGUUGAGUGUAUAAAGACUUUGCUGAAGCAAACACUAGCUAUCCACGUAGGAUCCGAAACGAAUGUUCGUUUGACCAGGAAUUCAAGUCUGACAGGUAAAUGGUUAGAAAACGUUUGGAAUGUGCUCAUAGACAAAAAUAUGGUAAAGUCUAUUAAAGAUAUUCCUCUAGUUCCAAUAUUGAUGCAAGGAAGCUGGAGUGACCCACAUAUUAUAGAUAUGGUGAGACUUUCAGAGUUCAUUAUUAUAAAGGAAUCAGAAGACUCUGUCCUUGUAGACGGAUUAUGUAACUGUCUACUUGCGAUGAAAGUAAAGGUGUUGCCAAGCCUUCCAGAGUGGAUCCGUUUUGAACCAAUACAAGAAUUUGUUUAUCGUCCGACAAAAGAAAGCAUUGCUUCCCUGUUGGGUGCAGUGUACAAAAAGAUGGGAGAUAUUGCUGUAUCAGAGUUUAAUAUAGUAAGCCUAGUUAACAGCCAAAUAAGGGAAGCACUGACCCAUUUUGCAUCUACCAUCGCUUACAUAGACAAAGAUCUAGUGAAAUUCCUUCGAAAGCUGAAAUUGUUUAGAGCCGUGCAUACCAUAGACGACAAAGGUCAAUAUACGGCUGUAGCCGAUGUACCUCGAUAUAUACAUGAGCAUGUAAACUUCCCUGCCGGUGUUGAAUUGCCAUUCAAAUGCAUAAAGCUGAGCAGUUCUGAAGAUAACAUAAUAAAGCAUCUGGAAGCGGAGGAUAUUUCGACAGAAUCCCUAGUUCUGAGUACCAUACACAACUUAUUGUUGCAUAAAAAGCAUGGUCAGAUCUCAAUUUUCGUAAAAUAUUUUAUGGAAAACUUCAAUUUAUUCGAAGCUAAUACCGCCAUAUGUGACAAUGCUGCACAAUUACCUUUUCUAAAAGUAGGGACGGAACUUCACAAACCUUCGGAUCUGUUUGAUCCCUCCAGCUCAUCACUACAAAGAUUACUAAUUGGAGAAUCGCUGUUUCCGGAAAACCCAAGUGAAUACAGCAACGGCGAAAUUCGGACAUUAAGAAGGCUUGGGAUCAAAGGAAAAGACAAAAUAGAUGCUUUUGUUAUGGUACAAGUUGCAAAUACACUUAAUAGUUGGUCCAAAGAUGAUGCAAAAUCCUAUGAUUUGACAAGGAAGGCUGUCGAAUUUCUGGAAAUUGUAGUUCACCACCCUGACUUGUUAGACAGCUUUUGCUACGGAACAACUACUUUGGGCAAUGCUUUAAAGUCAGUUUCCUGUAUUCCAGUCAUGCAGAAUUCACCUGUAGAUUACCCUGCAGGUUUACCGUGGUUUUCAGAGAGAGUGAAAAUUUGCAAGCCGGAAGAAGCGAAAUUUGUAGAAUGGAGUCUUUUAGCGGGAGCUACAGUACCAGUGGUUGACUGUACUUCCGACAAAAUAGUUCAAAUCUUCAAGUGGAAUGUUGCUCCAAAGAUGGAUAUUGUAUUGCAACAGCUGUCCUUUAUUCGUCAACAUUACCAUGUCCAAAACAAACCAGAUUAUAUGCGUGCAAUCCAAAGAAUAUACAAACACCUGAAUCAAUUUAGAGAUGAAGUUUCAAAAUAUCGGAGUACACUGGAAAACAGUGCAGUGGUAUGGACUGGUUUUGGCUUUGAAUUACCCAGGAAAGUCAUCAUUAAAAAACAAGAACAAGAUUUGGAUCUGAAGCCAUACUACUGUAAUUUACCCGAAGAGAUACGGGAUAUGGAUGAUUUGUUUCUGCAUUUAGGAUGUAAUCCUGAAGAAAACAAUGAUAUUUUAUUAAGUGUUUUGCAAAACAUUAAGUUGAAGUAUGAAUCUUCUACUGGAUCAAUCAAAUCUUCUCUGUCGAGAGACUCAGAUAUUGUACUUGAAAUUUUAAAAGUACUUGCAUCAAGACGGAGAGAUGGAAAUCUUGAUAUUGAUGAUUCAGAACUGCUCAUGUUAGUGGAAAGUCAGUCGUCAGAGACACUUUCUUUACAAUAUAUUUCGGGCUGUAUAUUUGAUGAUGAUCAGGAUGAACUUGAUCAAGAGGAACAGAAAAUGUUUUAUAUUGUCAAUGAAGUCGUACCAGUAUCUGUUGCGAAAGAUCUUGGAGUUAAGUCUGUGAAGAGGAAAACAAUUUUAGGGGCGACUGAAGAGUUCAACUUUGAAGAAUGGGGACAACAUGAGUCACUUACAACUAGAAUUAAUACGUUGCUAAGAGACGGAUACAAAGAUGGAUUAUCCGUUCCAAAAGAAGUCGUUCAAAAUGCGGAUGAUGCAGGUGCAACUGUCGUAAAAUUUCUGUACGACGAAAGACACAAUAAUGACGCCAAAAGGAAGGAAAAACUGUUUAGUUCAGAUCUAAGAGAAUGCCAAGGUCCCGCCCUUUGGGUGUAUAAUGAUUCUCAAUUUACAGAAAAGGACCUAGAGAACAUUACAAAAUUGAACGGUGCGACUAAAGCUGAUUUUCAGGACAAGAUUGGAAAAUUUGGAUUGGGAUUUUGUUCAGUCUACAACCUUACAGAUGUUCCUAGUUUCAUCUCUGGAAAAGACAUGGUCAUAUUCGACCCUCAUGAGACGUAUUUAGAGGAGGCAAGACAGACACGUGGAACAGGAUUGCGGGUCAGAUUAUCCAAACGAAAUUUAAUACGACGGAAUGUAGACCAGUUUAAACCUUACAAUGCUGUUUUUGGUUGUAAUUUACUGGACGCGAAUUUCACCGACUUUGGUGGUACUUUGUUUAGGCUGCCAUUGCGAACAGAAAACCAAGCAGCAAAAAGCAAAAUUUGUGACGAAGCAUACUCAAAAGAGGAAGUGUCGUCUCUCUUAAGAAAAUUUGUAGAGAAUGCCGGAAAUAUACUUUUAUUCACACAAAAUGUGAAGACUUUACAGAUUUAUUACCUUCCGGAAGAUGAAACAGAUCCUUCUCGGGCAAAGCUUCUCUUCAGCAUUGACAAAAAGCUUGAACAUUACUCCCACGAUGAAAAUAUUAGAGAUGCACAGAGCAUCUUAAAACGUAUUCCUGCUAUUCUUAAAAAUAACAUGGGUUUUACUGAAAUCCAGCAUGUUGAAAUAAGUCAAAAACAUUUUGAAAACUCAUUCCUGAAAUCUAGUUCUGAAGUGUCAAAUUCAGUUGAAACAAAGUGGAUAGUAUCAUGGGCUCUAGGGAAAAAUGAAUCUCUCAUGCUUUCAAAAAGAAUAUCGGAAAAGGGAGCAGUGCCACUGUCUGCUGUUGCCGUACCAAUGAGAAAUAAAGACGACACAAUACCUCUGAUGCUAGAUGAUGUUCCGAUUGGCUUUUACAACAAAGGACAUUUGUUUUGUUUCCUACCACUUCCAAUCACAACAGGUUUACCAGUACAUGUAAAUGGUUGUUUCAGUGUGACUUCAGAUAGGAGAGGCCUUUCAUGUUUAACAGAAGAUGAUAAAAAGAAAGGGGAUAAUUAUAUGUGGAAUCAGUCGUUAAUGGAAGAUUCCUUAGUUCAAAGUUACGUAGAGCUCUUGGUGUUCCUGUCAGCAAGAUGUUCAGACAGUUAUACCUACCAUUCGCUUUGGCCUCUUGGUGGAUCCGAUGAUGUACAGGUAUUCAGAAGGAGCUUUUACAAAACCCUCAUUUUGGAUAAACAAAAAUUAUUUCGAGGAGCACAAGACUGGCUUUCGUUGGAUGAAAUUGUCUUUUUAGACCCAGCUAUUCGAUGUAAUGAUAGUAUUGGAGAUAUAGCUUUUAAAUUUGUGUCAUCAGUGACAGUCAGACCAGGUAAAAAUAUUAUUGAAAUACCUCACCAUGUCUUAACAGCAUUGCAAGAUUGUAAAUGUGACAGCAAAUCAAUUGUUUCAGAGGCGAUGAUAAAAGAAGAAGAACUGAUUUUACAUUUCUUGACAAGAUUAGACUGUGCGUUUUGGCAACACAAGUCGGACAAAAGGAACAAACUGAUACUAUACGCAUUAAACAUGGAGAGUAAACAGGUAUUCACAAUGUUACAGAAAACGAAAUGUAUACCUUCUGAGCCAAACAAUGUUCUGUGCAGACCAAAUGAACUAAUCAAUCCAGGGUCAGACAUAUCCGAUAUGUUUGAUGUGGUUGACGGAAAAUUUCCAUUAAAAGCAGAUGGAUUUUGUGAGAGCAAAGUGAUUUUACAACUCAUCAAGCUUGGUAUGAACGACAAAUAUCUUCCAAACGACUUGUUAUUACAACGAUGCAAAUCCAUAGAGGAGUUAUGUACGGUAUGCGGGAGCUGUGCCCGAGAAAGGUGUGUUAGAAUUCUCAAAUACUUAGGAAAAUGGGAAGUAAUAGAAUAUUUAGAAAAAGAUACUGACGUAAUUAACAUGUUAAAACAUACACUGUUGUUGCCCGUUUUACCAUCUCCUAGCCACUGGAAAUUUACAUGGAAAGGAAACAGUUUAGAUGAUUAUACAUCAACCGCUAACUGUGGAAAUCAUCUGAAUGACGUGCAAACUUGUGUCAGAUUUGAAAAACCAAUUAACUUGUUUAGGGAAUCAUUUUACAACUGCAUUGGCAGUGUAAGUAGCAUUGUAGAUGAACGAUAUUUGAAAAAGAAAUAUUCCAUACCUGAACGCUUAUUUAUUGUACUAGGUAUACAGAGCGAGCUAACGGUAGAGCUACUUCUGCAGCAGCUGACACUAUUGUCUGAUCAGUAUAUUAGUUCAGAGCAGCAGUUUAGCAAUAUGGAGACAAUAUCUAAAUCAGUGUAUGAAUGGCUUGGGCAGCUAACUGGAGAUAAAUCUGAAGAAGAAAUUUCAAGCAUGAAAUGUUUUCUUAACGCAAGAGAGAAACCACUUAUAAUCAUUGGAAAGGAACUUGUCAUGCCAUGCAAAGUAGCAUUUAACGUUAAAACAGAGUGUCCCCCAGAACUGUAUUGCUUAAGAGAAUUAAACUGCAAGAGAAGAAAGGUUUAUAAAGCACUUGGGGUGAAAGACCAUUUUUCAGUUGACUACCUUAUUUCUAUAUUAAAGCAAUUAUACAGAACGUGGUUUCAACGAGUUUGCACCGAUAUAGACAUGGUCACAUGUUUGCUACUAAACUUAUGUGAAAGUAUGAAAAGGGAAAAUGUUCAUUAUGAAGAUCUGAAAGGCAAUGAAGGAAGUAUUAUUGCCCCCGAUUUGAAUGGGAUUCUAAGACCAACGAGCGAACUGGUAAUAGAAGAUCCAUUUUACACAUCGUCUGCGAAUCUACAUAUUUUACACGGAAACAUUCCGCCAGAUACAGGUAGAGAAUUGGGUGUCAAGUCGAAACAACGGAAAAUAGUAGAAUUCUUUUCAAGUGGAUUCUUCGAGCCAUUUGGGCAGAACGAGAGUUUAGUUACAAGGCUGACUGGUAUACUAGAGGAUUAUCCAUGUGAUUCAAGUAUCAUGAAAGAAUUGAUUCAGAAUGCAGAUGAUGCAGGUGCAACAGAAAUAUAUUUUAUCAAGAACUACAUUAGUCAUUCUACAGAGAGGAUAUUUGGAGAUGAAGGACUGCAAGGACCAUCCUUAUGUAUAUUUAACGAUAGCUAUUUCACUGAAGACGACUUUCGUGGCAUAAGGAGUCUUGGUGUUGGGAGUAAGCGUGAAGAUCCAUCGAAAACUGGUCAAUAUGGUAUUGGAUUUAACGCCGUGUACCAUCUGACAGACGUUCCUUCAUUCCUCACUAAAGGCCCAGGACUAGGAAACGGUGGUCAAAUGUGUAUCUUUGAUCCCUUGAUGGCGUACUUGAAAGGUCAUGCUACGAAUGACAAUCCAGGCAUAAAAUGUGACGUUGAACUAAUGGCAGAAUCGUUCCCCGAUAUGUUACUGGGAUAUCCUGUUAUAUCGAGCAUUGAGAAGUCUGGACAAGGUACUAUUUUUAGACUUCCUCUGAGGCAGUCGAAGUCAGAUAUUAGUAGCAACGUUGUUUCAAUAGAAAGAAUGGAUCGAUUAAUUGAAGCUUUUAAGAAUGAUAUGUUUGAAAGUUUACUAUUUUUAAAAAGCAUCAAAUGCAUUAAGAUUUUGAAUAGUAAAGAUGGCGAGUUAAUUGAAGAAUUCUCUGUAGAAACAAAAUUUUCCGACGAAGAUGCUCUCACACGUAAGAGGUACUUUUCUAGAAUUAAAGAAGUGGUUAAAGCAAACAUUGAUUCCCAACAUCAAAACCUUCUUAUGCAACCAAUAGAAGUAUCAUAUACAGUCUAUAUCGAAGAUAACAAGGACAGAAGUGAACGUUGGUUGGUCGUAAAUAGGUUUGGAAUUGAGCAUACAGACAAAUACCCUGAUAUUAUAUCUGCUCUUAAAGAAAAAGACAUUGGUCUCACACCAAUAUCAUCUGUAGCUUUCCUUUGGCCUAAAGAGAGGACUGUUUGGGCAGAAGACUUGAAAAUCAAAGAAAACAUGAUGCGAGUAAUUGUUCAAGAAAAGCGUUCUGCUUUCUCCCACUUCCUGUGACAACUGGAUUACCUUUUCAUGUAAAUGGUCAUUUUGCCCUAGAUAAGGCCAGGACAAAGCUAUGGAAUGAAGGAAUACGAAAAUCGUGGAACGAUUUUGUUAUUGCGGAAUUACUGAGUAGAGCAUGCAUAUCAGCUGUUCAGUAUA